UCCUCCUAUCCCCACUUCUCAGUUCCAAAGCUUUCCUGUUACUUUGCUUACCACCACCUGCACAACCACCAGCUGCUCUUGUCAAGUCUGCGCCUGGCAUUCCACGCAGCCUCAGUGAGUCAGUAACCAACCAGCCGCGGAGUUGAAAGGGGGUGCUGGGUCGGAGCGCCUGAUCAGUGGGUGACUUGACGCGCUCCUCCUCAGUCCUUGCACUAUCUAUUCGGGACUCUUGUGGUUGUGAAAAUACAUUCUGUGUGUCGUGUCGUGUCGUGUGUUGUGUUGUGUUGUGCUUUGAGAGAAAACAGGUGGUGAUAUUGUUAACAUGUGAUAUAUUUCUACUACUACUACUACUACUACUACUACUACUACUACUACUACUACGGGUGUUAUUACAGUAUACAAUUGAUAACACACGAACUACUGGUACUAAGAAGGUGCUACACGGCCCACCACUGCUACUACUACUACUACUACUGACAAUCACGCCAGAAAGGACCAGUGCGGAGGCUAAUCGGUGAAGUGUUUUGAGUCAAGUCAGCCAGCCGGUCAAGCAGUCAGCCACACAGUUCUGCCUCUGUGAUACAUGGAAACACAGGAGGAGCUGAAGAUGCAGGAUGAGGCAGGACCGUAAGAAGUGCCAAGCAGGCGGCAGUGAGUCAGCGGCUGAGUGGCCAAGACGACCAUCUCAUGUUUCCUUCCCGCGUUUCUCCCACCCUCCUCCUCAUUACCCCUCGCCCUCCGCGCCUCGCUUCCCUGGAUCUACCGCGGCCAUGGCAGGAGGACGCCCCGCUCCGUACAUGCGCCCUGAUACAUACUCCCCACUCGUGCCCUAUGCUGCAGUUCCUAGUGGUAAUGCAACAGUGAGGAUGGUCUCCCCGUUUGCGUCCAACUAUCGUUAUCCCGUGAGGCAAGAGUGGGCCGGCCACCAUCACGCUGUGACGGGCUUCGCGGGAGGGAAUGGUGGUGGUGAUGGUGGUUUGAGGGAAACAGAAAGGUGGGAGGGUGACACCUCCACAGCGCCACAACAGCACCACCACCAGCAACGACCAUCGCAGCCAAGGUACCACCAACCCCACCAGCCCAACUGGUAUCCCCCCGCUCCCAACACCACCCCCAGCAGCAGCACCAGCAGCAACACCAACAGCAGGAGCAACUGUGGCAGCGGCAUCGCAACAACCAGCAGCUUCAAGAACGAUGGCAGCAGCAGCUGCAUAUGCAACAGCAGCAGCAGCAGCAACGUGAACUACAACAACUACAGCAACAACAACAACAACAACGGUUUGUGCAGCAGCAGCAGCAGCACCAUGAACUACAGCCGCUGCAGCACCAGCAUGAACUACAGUCACUACAACAACUAGAACAACAACAAAAACAACUGGAACAACAACAACUGGAACAACAACAACUGGAGCAAAAAAAACAACUGCAACAACAACAAAAACAACUGGAAUUACAACAACUGAAACACCUACAACAACGACAAUUGGAACAACAACAACAACAACAACUGGAACUACAACUACAGAAACCGCAAAAAACACUUACACAAUCAGAAAAACAACUAUUAGUGCAGCAGCAGCAGCAGGUUAGCAAGCAGACAGCGGAGGAUCGGAGAGCGUUAAUUCGGCAGCUGAGCCGUGACGAGCAGCAGGAGUUGUUGGUGGAAGUGAAACAAUUGAUACAAAAGAAAUUACUUAAACGUAAUACUCCGCCGGUGAUGCCAUCACCACUACACCCCACACCACCCGAGGAGGUGUUGCCUUCACCAUCAUACUCAGCAUCACCACCAGCAUUCCUGCCAACAUCGCCCACUCAGCUCCCGCCAUCACCACCCGCAUCACAUCCACUGCCAUCACCGACACCUUCACCAUCACCAUCACCAUCACCAUCUGCAACAGCACCACAACCACAACCACAACCACAACCACCGCCACAACCACCUUUACCGAAGCGACGGAUGCCCAAACUCCACUUGCUCCCAAAACACAUGCUGGCAAAGCGACUCAGAGGAUUGACGCUGACUUCUUCCACACCACCGCAGCUACCACCAUCACCACCACAACCACCACCAUCACCACCACAACCACCACCACCAUUAUCAUCACCACCACCACUACAGAAGAUGCCAGUAGUACCAUUGGAAAAUGAUGAUAGUCAGCAUCAGCUCUCAGCACCUCAGCACACCAACUCAGCCAUGUCAUCUCAGCAUUCAUCACUUCAAGCCAUUCCUAACAUGUCUCAGCAGUCAGCACCUCAGCACACCAACCCAGCCAUCUCUUCUCAUCAGCACUUUGCUUAUCAAUACUCUUCAUGGCACACAAUGAACCCCACUCACCCCUCAGCACCUCACCACACCAACCCAGUCAUGUCAUCUCAACCCUCAGCACCUCAACACACCAACCCUGUCAUGUCAUCUCACCCCUCAGCACCUCACCACACCAACCCAGUCAUGUCAUCUCAACCCUCAGCACCUCAACACACCAACCCUGUCAUGUCAUCUCACCCCUCAGCACCUCACCACACCAACCCAGUCAUGUCAUCUCAACCCUCAGCACCUCAACACACCAACCCUGUCAUGUCAUCUCAACCCUCAGCACCUCAACACACCAACCCUGUCAUGUCAUCUCAACCCUCAGCACCUCAACACACCAACCCAGUCAUGUCAUCUCACCCCUCAGCACCUCAGCACACCAACCCAGUCAUGUCAUCUCACUCCUCAGCACCUCAGCACACCAACCCAGUCAUGUCAUCUCAACCCUCAGCACCUCAGCACACCAACCCCAUCACAUCCCUCCACCAGCACUCAGCACUCCCUCUGAGCCACCACAGUAACACGUCUUUGAGCAUCUCAGUGCCGCAGUGUCCACCAUCUCGUAUACCUCAGCACCAGUCAGCACCACCUCAGCAUUUGUCAGCAUCGUCUCCAUGUCAGUCAGUGGAUCAGCAAACAGCAUUGCCUCAGCAGCAGUCAGCAGCACAUUGGCAUCAGUCAGCAUUACGUCAUCUCCAGUCAGCAGUGCCUGGGCAAGAAUCACGUCAACAGUCAUUGGUCCCUCGACACACACAAGCGAACCAGGACCUGUUGACUCAACGCCUUUCAUCUGCACCUCAGCAUCAAUCAGCACCAAGUCAGCAUUGCUCAGAGCCUCCUAUUGACUCAACACCCCCUCAAGAUUCAGCUCCAGCAUGCCCUCAGCCUACUGUGCAACCUGCUGAGCUCCCCAAGUCAGCACAUCAGUCUACCCAGUCAACACAUGAGCAUACACAGUCAGCACAUGAAGCUACACAGUCAGCACAUGAGCCUGCCCAGUCAGCACAGGAGUCUAGUCAGUCAGCACCCCAUAAGAAGGCUGCGACACCAAGAAAGAAGAGCUGGAAGUCACCGCAAGCUUUCAAACGAGCCAGGAUUAGUUUUGGCAAGUUUGAGAGAGUACUUUUGAAUGAUGAUUUUGAAGAAUUUCCUGUCUUUCACCCUUCUCCUCCUCCUCCUCCAGGACAGAAGGCGAGGAAGUGGCUCAGAUUGAAGCUAGUGUAA